UCAUUGACAAGUCAAAACAAUGGUGAGCUCCCCACCGGCGCACUGCCGCACACUGAACCAAGCACGCAAUGAAAAUGCUCUCAUCGAAACGGACACAGAUGGAUAGUCUCGUUCAACCACUUGUUGCCCAGUAUCUCGCUAUGGGGUGCCAAUCCAAAGAAAAUGGACAAAAUGAAAAUGUGGGAUCGAAUGGAAAGGAAAAAGAACAUCCGUAAGUUAUUUUAUAACGAACUCCUGUAUUUGUGAAUGAACUGAAGAUGUUUAUGAAGCGCGUUACGCAGACAGUUGAAAUAGCCUACAGCAAAUAUCGUCUUGUCAAUUUUAAACAUACGCAAUUAUAAAACCUUUAUUGACACCGAAUAAACAUUAUGAUCUUGUUGAUUUAGAAUGUAAAUCAGAAACUUUUGGUGGUUCUUAGUCAUACAAUAACUUUAUGAGUGCAACAAUUCCGUGCCCUGCGAUUUAUAAAAGCAUCGACCAGGACGCACAACUUUUUCACUCUCAAAAUAGCUUCUCUAUAGCCUAUGUCUUCUCUCUUUCGAAUUUCAUUCCAUAGUUAGCCUAUAGUUUGGGAAGUGUAUAGAACAAAUGGCAUGCAUGGCAUCCUCUCUGUUUAUCAGCCAACUGUUUAUUUAGUGAUUCCUAUAAUAGAAGUCGGCAAUCAACAAUGAUUUCCCCAAAAGGAAGGAAAUGAGAACAAUGAAAAAUAGCAAAGCUACCUUAACUCUAAGAUACCAGGUAUGAAACACUUUUUAGUAUUGUAGUAAUCUGAAAAGUGUUGUGUUAAUUGCAACAUUUUUUAUACACUUACACCUAUAUUAUAUUUGCCUGUGUGAUUACUUUAGGAUUAACAUGUAGCAUUUUCAUUGUGUUGUCUACUUCAAUAUUGUAUGCACUGCAUGCUUUAAAUGACCACACACACACACAGUCUUGUACAGCUAACCUUGUGGGGACAUUCAAAGUCUUAUUUUCCCUAACCCCUAACCCUAACCUUAACCCAAAAACCUAAUCUUAACCCUAACCCUAAACCUAACCCUAGCUCUAACCCUAACCCUAAAACUUACCCAAGCUCCUAACCCUAAACCUAAUUCUAAUUCUAACCCUAACACUAAUUCUAACCUUAACCCCCUAGAAAUAGCAUUUGACCUUGUGGGGACCAACAAAAUGUCCCCAGUUGGUAAAUUUUUUGUUAGUUUACCAGAAGUCCCCACAAGAAUAGGUAAACACGUCCACACACACACACACACACACACACACACACACACACACACACACACAGCUGUGCUCUCUACACCUCCCUCCACCUCAUGCCCUCUCUCCUCCACUGCCCCUCCAGACGGCUCUCUCUCUCUAAGGUCUGUCCGCCUGUGCCUGCUCGCCCUCAACGGUUCAACAGGCCCAAUCUGGCCCAGAUGACCCAGGGCAAGGUCAUGAUGUCUCUGGGACACUAUGCCAAAGGGGCCAGCUGGGAAGAGCUGAUCCAGGCCUGUAUCCAGUCCUUCGGUGAGUCGCUGUGCUCUGGGCUGCUCUUGUGUUUCUGCCAGUAAUACUAUUGGUAACUGAAUGAUAAGACUGACUCCAUAUGACUUCAUAAUACUGAAGGACUUGAAUUGAGUGUUACAACCACAUAUUUCCCUUUUUUGUUUGAAAAAAGUAUCGUUUUUUUGUUGCAUGAAAAUGAGCAGCAUAUAAUAUUUGAGUCUGUUGUUGAGCAGUACAAAAUGGUUGUGCAGGUCAGGAUCAUUGUCAUUAGUUCUGCUUGUCAGGUUAGAGCAUCCACUUUAUUUUCCUUUUUAAGUGGUGCUGAACGCUGAACCUCAGUUUAUUUGAAAUCAGUACUGUGAAUGUUUCCUGGAAGCACCUGUUUUUCUCGGCCUCUAGCUGUUUGAUGUUAAAAGACCCUGUCUCCAUGAAACUGUUACCAUUUACAAGGUAUCUCUAAUUAGCCUAUAGGGCUAGGUUGACACAAACAGACCGAGUGGCGCAGUGCUCUAAGCCACUGCAUCGCAGUGCUAGCUGUGCCACUAGAGAUCCUGGUUCGAAUCUAGGCUCUGUCUUUGCCGCCCGCGACCGGGAGACCCAUGGGGCAGCGCACAAUUGGCCCAGCGUUGUCCAGGGUAAGGGAGGGAAUGGCUGACAGGGAUGUAGCUCAGUUGGUAGAGCAUGGCGUUUUCAACGCCAGGGUUGUGUGUUCGAUUCCCACGGGGGGCCAGUAUGAAAAAAUUAAUAAUAAUAAUAAUAAUAAUUUAUGCACUCACUAACUGUAAGUCGCUCUGGAUAAGAACAAAGGCUAAAUAACUGAUUUUUAUUUUAUUUUUUAAGACCUUUCCCUUUAUAUGAACUAGCCUCUAUUUGUUGUCUAACCUCUAUGGUUGUCAGUCUUUGCAUUUCAGAUGAUGAGACAGGGAUUUAUUUUUAUUUAUCAAGAUUAUUUGGCAGGUACAAUGCACCACAAAACAUAAGUCUCAGAGCACUGAGAUAUGAUACGUGGCACCAGAUUUAGCUAAUAGCUGCUUUCCAUCUGUAGUGUUCAUCUGACAUUAAGGUCUGAAAGACACUUGUCCAUCAGGAGUAUUUUUUGGUUGCCUGAAGAUUAUGAUCACUUUCCCAAAAAUGUUAUCUAUUUUCACCUACACACAUGGGGAGGAACCAGAAAGACAAGACUACUGGAAUUCUUUGCAAUUUGGUUGUUAUCAGUAAAAACAAAUCACCUGCCCAAUGGGGCAACCUCAGAGCAGGCUCAACUUGCGCGACUGCUCAGGUCACUUGCACAACUGCUCAGGUCACUUGCACGACUGCUCAGGUCACUUGCCCAGGGCAAUAGACUAUUCCAUAUCUCUAAGACUAUAUAAUUGUAUGUGGAUCUACUGCAACUAUGCCUGCACUGAAUAUGAUACAGUAUAACAAAAUCAUUCACCAACUGUGAAGUAUUGAUUCAGUAGACGUGGAAUGUGAUUUAAGCAUAUCACAUUAGUAAUACAUUGACUUUGUCCAAUUACAUGUAUUUAUAUAUUCUGUAUAUUGGCUGCAAUAUGGAAGCUGUCAAAAACCCUGUCAAGAACCCUGUUAAAUGAGAAUAAUGUGCCCUACUAAGUUGUCUGGAGUGCUCUCAAAGUUAUCGUGAUUAUGUAUUUGAAGAGGCAAGCAUUCUGAUUGCCGUUGCUUGGAGACACAAAUGGAGUGAAGAGAGAGUGAUGAGGAGGUGGUACAGUGGACUGAAUACAGAGAGUGACAGCCCUUACUUACAGUUAUCUGUCAAGGAAAAGAAUAGCAGAAUAAUGGCUGGCUGUUCAUUUAGGAUUUAUAAAAAAAAUAUCAGCCAAGUUAAUCAAGUGGGUGCAAGACUUAGCUCUCUUCUAGAGUUCCAUUUAAAAUGUCUUUUUAGGUUUACUAAAAAUAUUUGUUGAAUGACUGAAAUUGUAAUUUAAUUUCCAAAUCAGACUUCACAGGUCAUUGAGAGAAAUUCAGAUCCUUUCAAGGAAAUGUAAUCUACAGUAUGGAGAUAAACAGGCAGGUGUUUUGAAUCCAGGUUAAUAUGAGGGAACAAAAUGGAGAUACUUAGUACAGAGAGGUCUAACAGGGCUAAGCACUCCCAGCGGCUGCUGUCUCACAUCAGAGGCUGACUCCCCAGCUCCUGGGGCUCCUGGGGCUUCGGCACCUUUUCAAAUGUGAGAGCACACGUAAGCGCUAUUUGAAGGAUUGCCUGGCUGCUGCUAGCCCAAAGGUCAGCUACCCAAAAGGCCCUUCUCAGAUGCUGACCACUCUUUGAAAUGCAGAGCACCAAGGGGUGUGGAUCAAUAAUGUUUGACAUCAUCAUUCACGUCCAUCCUCCACAAGUCCAUGCUCCACAGUUCCACACACCCACAGUGCCUGAAGUCUCUACACAAUCAUAAUGUUAAUGGACAGCAAAAAGCAGUGCAGAGAUUUGAAGGCUUCAAUCGUGGAAGCCAUUUUGGAAUUAAAUGCAUUUCCCAUGUAAACCAUAUAUGAUGCAGGCACACAACCUGUGAAUAUCACAAAGAGAUAUCCACUGCAGAGUCAGAGUAUCCACUGCAGGCUCGGAUGUACUGUAGACACUAAUGUGAAAAACCUUUAUGUGCCUAUGGCGGUCAACAUAUGUUCAAACACUUACAGAGCAUCAUGGCUGUUUGUGGAUAUUAAAUCAAUUUCCUGUACUCUAUUGUUCUACAUGUACUGUAGGCCUACAGCAUGUUGAGCCAACAUUAUAAGGCACAUGUAGUGGAGAGUGUGCAACUAAUAAUUAAAUAUAAAUCGCUGGGGCCUCUUAGACUGUUCCUUACCGAUUCUUUCAUGUGUACAGUAGAGAUGAGCAUUGGGCUGACUGAGGCAAAACAAAAGGAUCAUCCAUCCCCGUUAGCCCAGUUACUUUACCUCUCUGUCAAAACAAGGAAAGACUCCUUACACCUUGGCUUUGCUGAUGAAUGCCUACGAUAAUAAAACCCCUCAAAGUAGGGCAACACUCCCUGCCUUUUGCUGUGUUUGUCAUCACAUCCCUUGUCCUAUCCCAGUGCAACCUGCUGCUGCUUUCCUAACUUUCCACAGUGAGUAAGACGGAGGGGAUUUCCUCAGCAAUUAGCCCCGCCUGGGUUGGUAGGGAGGUGUUGUAAAAUGAUGAAGUAAUUGUUUACCUGGUAGUGAAUCAAAAGAGCUUCCUUGUUAUUUUAGAGCAUGACUUGCUUACAUGAUUGCAGCAAUAAAAACACCAUUCAGUUUGUUGAAGUAGAGAAAGGAUAGAGUUGAAUUGUUUUGCAUCACAGUCCUUUAACAUACAGUAACAGUAUAAAGCUUAAAACCUAUUACAACAGUCUCCCUCAGAUCACAGUCUAAUCAUGUAUAUGUAUAUUAUUUUCAUGCAUGACAGUUUUUCAUACAGUAAGGUUAUGUCUGUGUGUCAUUGCUGGGGGGUUGUAGCCCUGGUUGGGAUGGGUAAAUAGAACACUCCUGUACCAGUGGUGCAGGAUACGAGGGCAGGAUUAGCUGCCUGCUGAAGUGGCCCAGUGAGAUAGAUAACAAUGUUGCCAUGGUGUCUGAGGUAUUUCAAGGAGAUAUGGGAUAUGUGGGGACCCAUGGAAACUGCCGUUCUUAUGUGGCAUCAAGACAAUGCCAGCUGCUUAGGUUCAAAAGUUAAACACCAUUUUCAUGGAUUCGUCAAGGUGCUCUCUUAGCCACGAUUUCCAGAAAAUCACUGGCAGAUUGUUUACCUGGAAUGGAAGAGAUCAGAAGCCUAGCAAAGAGGUUGCUCAUUGCUACCCAAUAGACAAACAUGAUAGUGAACCACUUACUCAUAAACAACAUGUUACAGAGGACCAACAAAAUAUCUGCUUUUCUCAAGUCAGAUAAUUUGUAAAAGAAAGGCUAAUGUAGUUAGAAAUGGAAUCUACAAUUGCUACUGUGUGGAUACAGCUAACAAUGUAUUCCUUGAGAUCUUUUCCACAACGUCAUAUCCUUUUUAUCUCCAGUGCCUCUAGGGACAAAGCUGUUUGAGUAGAUGACAGAGAUCGUGGCUGAAGGUUCCUGUGAUGUCAUAAGUGUUGGCAGAGAUAUAGGGAGGCGGUCACAAAGACAGGAAGUGAGAUACGACAGAGAAAAGUAGACCACAGAAAAGUCACAAUACCACCACAGGAAAAGCAGAGACAUUCAGAGGUGGUGUAUACACUUAGAGAUUUGCAGUUGACACAUACCUGGCACAUUAUUGUGUUCAUGGUUGCCUAGCACACAUUUAGAAACUGUUUUGUAUGCUCUUUUGAGGUUGAUUUCUAUCAUUUGUUUCUGUUAUUGCAUGACUGCAGACUUGUGACUGAAUGGAAUCAGGAAGUUUGAAUGGCUAAAUCCCCUUGUGUUGUUGACAUUUAUUCUGUAGCAGGACAUGACUGCUAGAUUUGGUUAUCAGAGAGCUACAGUAGCAUUGGACAUUGAUAUGCAGAAAUUAUUUUCUUGUCCAUAUGAAAUCUCAACCAUCUAUAGUACAUUAUUGGCAUUGUGAUAGGCAACAGCAUGUCUGUUAAUGUGCUCCAUGUGUUGUGUGCUCUCUUCCAGACGCGGAGGGUUGUGUGUGUGGGAGCAGCCACCUGAUGAACAUCACCCUGACCAUGCACCGACUCCUCAUGUCCUCUAGUGACCUCCUGGAGAAACUUAUCUCCCUAUAUCCUUUACCAAGCAGACCCAAUGAUCUGCGGCUGCUCCACUACAGCCAAAACUAUUAUCGAGUUGGCACCAAGACCUGACCAAUCUGUUGUGCCAAACAUGGCUGUGCAGCACUGUUUUGUGAUCUGGUUGUCAGUAGCAACGGCCAAUUAAGAUCCAACUUGGCUGACAAGGUGCCAUGCCUUCGACUCCUCACUCCUACCAGCAAUGUGAAUAUCAAUACGUGUGCACCACAAUUCCGUAUUACUGUACUCUAAAUGUCUUUGUUAGCUCUAGUACAGAUCACCAUGUUCUGUUUCCAAUCCAGUGUCUUCCAAGUACCUUACAGUCUUUUUCUAUUACCAUCUUAGCUACACAAAAAGCACGAUUCAUCCCAAUUUAAUUCCCCCACUUCAGGUCUGGUUUAAAAAGGCCACUGUAGUUGCCUAUUUUCUGUUUUGAAUGAGCGGUCUGUAAUCUAGGCCUCCAUUCAAUAAAGAGCUCUGACGUCACAGAGCCCAGAGGAGAGGCAGUACUGGCACAAUGAGGAGGACACUAAGGCUAGGGGCUUCAGGUGUUAAUGACCUCUUCCCAGACUGAAGCCCUCUUCAGUUCUAUUUAAACACAGCCUCUCAGCUGCCCAAGGAGGCUCGCUCCCCAAAACCCACAUCACACCUCAAGAUUCACUGUGCGUCCUGCCCUCUAUUUUUAACCCCUGAGCUCAUUCUGAGCCGAAGACCCAGAAGCAUAAAAUAUGGCUAAGAGUGGCUUAGGAACAAGUGAAAGCACUGGAGCCAUUAAGGCCAUUUAUCGUAAAAACAAUCUGGCUUUGCGGUAGUGUGGGUGGCUCUUCAGCUCCCAUGACGCAAUUAGCCUUUUUAUGUGCAUCACUUCAAACUGAUUUCUGCCAACAGAGUGCGGAGAGGCUCACAGUGUCAGUCUAUUUUUACCCCUGUUUUAUAUAAUAAGGAGAAUGGAGAUGUUUUUGAGUUUGGAUUAAUACAGUCCCUCUGGGAUUCUGGUCACUCUGUACCUACCGAGCAUAUGGCACAGCAGCUUAGGUAAUAAACUGUCCUCACACUCACAGCCAUUGAGAUGUAAAAGUAACAUUAUGUCAGCUUUGUUUUUACCUGGUUGUGAGAACAUGUUUUUACUCACUAAAAGGGUCCUCUGCCAGCACAUCUUCUACAGGAAUAGUGAUUGUCUGUUGUGCACGUUUAACAGACACUUUUAUCCAAAGCAACAAAGGAAUCUAACCCAUAGCCCUGUAAACAACAUGCUUCAACCAACUGAACCAUUGGAACCACACAACACCAGAAUGAUUCACUUGCUGAUGCUCCUAACCAGUUUUCUUUUUUGUGGUUGCCUCCUCCCACACCACCAAAUGUCACAUCUGUUCGCCUUUUAGUUUCCCUAUUGAUGAGUUUCCUGCACUAAAUACAUUAAACACCAGCUUGUAAUUGUUUACUUAGAUGAAUAGACAUUUGAAUAGACACUUUGUCCUGCACAGUGAUCCAGAUCGUUUAUUCACUGAUAAAUCCCACAUACAGUUCCUGGUCUCUUCCCUGACUCUAAACAGUGUGGACAUGUUUUACUAUACCAGUGAAUCAUAAUGUAUCCUUAACUUGAGGUGUUACAUUUAAAAGAGCCCUGGAGAAUAAGCAGUCCACAGAGUGUGAGAGGAUCUGUUACUUCAUCAGGUAAGUGUGUGUUCCCCAUGCAGUCAUCCUAAUCCUGCCACUACCACUGGGCCUGCUGGGGUCCACUAAGGCCUCCACACAAUAACUCACUGUUCAAUCAUUCUUAUGAAAGGACAUUAAAGGGCUUAUGAAAUCCACAUAACACCUAAUAAUACAAUAUUCUAUAACUGGGUAGAUGGUUUAGGCCAUGCUAUUAGUGCAUUUGCAACAGCCUAUAGCGUUGAUUUCUUAUUAGACAAUAAACAACUAGGGUUUAGAGUUUGAAGUAUACUCCCAGUCGGUAUUAGAUAGAAUGUUGCGGCCCCGCCCGCCUUGGGGGGAAAACAACCUGCAGUUACCUAGGUUACCCCAUUGGCUCCCAGCAAAAACUUGACCUUUUUCAAAAUGCAAUUUCCUUGUCAUCUGCUUGUUUAAUCAAUUACAAAACUACAUUUAAGAAAAGUAAAACAUGUCUAAAGAUUACUUUUCAACAUUGCCUUCUCCCUAGCGUUCUACAUUUUAUUUUACAUUUUAGUCAUUUAGCAGACGCUCUUAUCCAGAGCGACUUACAGUUAGUGAGUGCAUACAUUAUUAUUUUUUUUCUUCAUGGGAAUCGAACCCACAACCUUGGCGUUGCAAACUGAGCUACAUCCCUGCCGGACAUUCCCUCCCCUACCCUGGACGAAUUGUGCGCCGCCCCAUGGGUCUCCCGGUCGCAGCCGGCUACGAUGCAGUGCCUUAGACCACUGCGCCACUCGGGAGGUGUUCUCACUACUUAGACAAAUGUAAUAUUGUAGGGCUUCCCUCAUGCCCCUUUUCAUGACAGUGCUAGCAGCCACAUGAGUGAGUGAGUGCUAGUUACAGUAGCUACCAACCGGAACAUUAAGCUAGCCAAGACCAACAACACAAACAAACAGACGAUACAGCUACAGGUAGUGGGUGGAAUUACUAACGGACUAUACAAAAAAAGUUAAAAGUCUUACCUGUUGAUGAAAUGUUUUCCACACACUUAGCUAUGUGUACCCUACUUAGAAACCGGUCCCCACAAUUUCCCACUCUCCCACACCGAAUAGCCUGAAGCCACAGGGCUCUUCUCGCAUGCUCUAUUUCCCUACGUGGGAGCAUUGCAAAUCGUAGGUCAGGAUUUUUGACCUGGUUACAUUGAACAACACAGCAGCAUUUCGGUAUAUUUUGUUAUUUAUGUAUGACACAAAAUUGACAACGAAGUUGGCUCUUUUACAAUGGGGGUCAUUGAGAAAGAAUGUUUGUUUUCCACAAUCUGUGGGCGUGGUCGAGUGGAAUUCCUUCUUAUGACUUGAAUAUCGAGGGGUAUAGUAUUUAAUUGUGGUAAACACAGUCUUAUUGUCCUUAUCUUUCAGGUAUUGGAUCCAGGAGUUCUGGACGAUGUUCCGGUUACACAGCAGCCUGUCAGACUCCAUGGAGCAGUUCCAGGAUCUGAUCAGGGAUCAGGGCCAAGAGAGGCUGUGCCCUCUCUUGCAGACUAAAUGGAUGUAAGUAUUCCCGGUAUAUUAUUGAACAGAAUUAAUGUAUUUCUUGAGGGAAGCAUCUAGACUUACCUGAAAAUGGCUUUACAGGUAUGCUGAAGUAAUGGUUUCAAAUUAUGCCUGUGUAAUACCUGUGUAUUUCCGGUCUGUGUUGUUCACCAUGUUGUGUCCCAGAAAUGACAGGCACUGGUCUCAGAAGCCCAGUCAGAGGAUCAAGGCUAACAGCAGUAAGAAGAGGAAAGUGUCUCUGCUGUUUGAUCACCUGGAGCCCAUUGAGCUGGCUGAGCACCUCACCUACCUGGAGUUCAAGUCCUUCUGUAGAAUAUCAGUGAGUAGAGCCCCAAUCCGCCUGUAUGUGAUCGCUAUAAACACUAUGACAUUCUGAAGAAUGUCAUAGCACAUGCGCUCUACUGUAGGUAUUUCAAUGCAUUCCAAAUGUGUUCUGCGAAACCUCUGUCCUUUUAGCAAAAUGAGUCAGCAUAUGCUUUAUUAUUUUUUCCAGUUUGCAGACUACCAGAACUACAUCCGCAGCUGCUGCAUGAAGGACAACCCCAUGAUGGAACGUUCCAUUACGUUGUGUAAUGGUAUCUCCCAGUGGGUGCAGCUCAUGGUUCUGAGUCGGCCUACAGCUCAGCUGAGAGCAGAGGUCUUCACCAAGUUCAUCCAUGUGGCUCAGGUAUGGCCCUAACUAUUCCUCAUUCUCCUCCAGAACCCCCGUAGACUAACACUACAGUAUAUGUGUAGAAAAUAACAAAAUGUUCACAUACAAGGUGUUUAGCCCCCAUGUUUUGUACCCUCUUAAAUUGUGUUUGUUCAUUGUCUAUAUCUGGUACCUUUUCCUCAUAUUAAGCAAAUGCAUGUCUACCAUAUCGUCUACCAUAUCGUCUACCAUAUCGUCUACCAUAUCGUCUACCAUAUCGUACAGUACAGUGAGACCUACCUACUACCGUACAGCAGAAGCACCAUCAUUUGUAGUUACAUAAUGCAUAUUAAAAGAGGGCUGCUAAUGACUCUCAAGAGCUCCAUGAUGGGCUUUUAGUGCAUCAAAGAUGCUGGCUAACAGUGAACGUGUGCUCUGAAUAUUAACAAAGUACAGGCCAUCAGCACUAAUGGAUUUAUCAGAUGGAACACUGACACUGAAGUGCUACUACUGAGGAGCUAUCAGAUGCUAUUGGUUCCCUCCAAAAUGGAAAGGUACCGGGAUUAGAUGGGUUUCCUAUAGAAUUUUACAGGCUAUUAUUUGAGCGGUUGAUGCCUCUUUUUCUCCGUAUGAUCAAGGCCUGUCUGGAGAAAAAACAGCUUCCUCAUACUUUACGUCUUGCAGCUAUUACUUUACUGAAAAAUAAAGAUAAAGAUCCCACGUUGUGCUCCUCCCAUAGACCAGUGUCACUUUUAAAUGUUGAUUAUCAGUUGAUUGCUAAAUAUUAACUCUACGCCUAGAGUCUGUGCCCAAUCUCAUCCACACAGACCAAACUGGUUUUGUGCAGGGUUGUCUCUCCUCUGAUAAUUUACGUAGAUAUUUUGACAUUCUUUUUCAUACUAAUGAUCUUAAGACCCCAAAUGUUGUAGUGUCCCUUGGUGCUGAAAAAGCAUUUGACAGAGUGGAAUGGAAGGACCUUAUGUCUGUAUUAUCAAGGUUUAAUUUUGGUCCAAUAUUUAUCUCUUGGAUUCAAAUUCUUUAUAAUUCACCAAUGGCAGUAGUUAAAACCAAAACCCAAUACUCAACCCCCUUCCCGUUGUCUCGAGGGACAAGGCAAGGCUGUCCAGCCAGUGCAUGAUUUUUUUGCUUUGGUCAUAUAACCCAUUGACACCAUGAUUAGAGCACAUGACCAAAUUGAAGGAACUACAAUUGGAAAAUAAUACCAUGUUAUAUCAUUGUAUGCGGAUGAUGUCUUGCUCUAUCUCUAAGACCACUCAUACUCAAUUCCGGUCCUCCUGUCAUUGCUUGAAGAGUUUGGUAAACUAUCUGGUUGCAAAGUCAAUUGAGCCAAGACAGAGAUUAUUAUAUCUACCUUCAAACCCAAACUUUUACAAGACCAAUUCCAAUGGAAAUGGUCCUUGACGAAUAUUAAGUACUUAGGAAUUUUGAACUACAUUCCAGUUAUUGAAAAGGUUACCAAUAACUUCAAAAGAAUGGACUUCCUUCCUAUUUAUCUUAUGGGCAGCGUUAAUGUCAUCAAAAUGUCAAUAUUUCCAAAAUGUCUUUAUUUGUUUCAGAAUCUUCCAAUUUCACCCCCUCUGCAUUUAAAAAACAAAACAUGCAGAGCCUCUUUUCCUCAUUUUAUUUGGAAUAACGAAUCACCCAGAAUUCGUCUGCAGGUCUUCCAUAUAAGGCGGGUGGUCUGAAUUUACUUAAGGGUUAUAAAUUGUUGUUAGAUCAUAUGCUAGUACGCACAGAUGUUACUAGACUGAAAUGGGAACAAUAUUUACAGGUUGAAAUAAGCAGAGAAGAAUGAUCUUAUGUUUGAAAGCACACACAUUUUCCUACAACCUCAGACACAAACACUCUCAGUUUACAACCGUUCACCUAAUUUAUUAUACACCAGAAAAACGUGCACUGUAAUAGGCAAAAGGGUACUUUUUAUCACAUGUUUUGGACAUGCAAUCUUAUUUGAAUGUUUUGGGAAUCAGUAAACACAAUUUCAGAAUGUUUAUAGAUGUCAGUCCCUCUCACACCUAGCUUGUGUCUGUUUGGGACUAGUGAACUAGAUCCAUGGAACAAUAAUCAUAAAAAUAUACACUGCUCAAAAAAAUAAAGGGAACACUUAAACAACACAAUGUAACUCCAAGUCAAUCACACUUCUGUGAAAUCAAACUGUCCACUUAGGAAGCAACACUGAUUGACAAUAAAUGUCACAUGCUGUUGUGCAAAUGGAAUAGACAACAGGUGGAAAUUAUAGGCAAUUAGCAAGACACCCCCAAUAAAGGACUGGUUUUGCAGGUGGUGACCACAGACCACUUCUCAGUUCCUAUGCUGAUGUUUUGGUCACUUUUGAAUGCUGGCGGUGCUUUCACUCUAGUGGUAGCAUGAGACGGAGUCUACAACCCACACAAGUGGCUCAGGUAGUGCAGCUCAUCCAGGAUGGCACAUCAAUGCGAGCUGUGGCAAGAAGGUUUGCUGUGUCUGUCAGCGUAGUGUCCAGAGCAUGGAGGCGCUACCAGGAGACAGGCCAGUACAUCAGGAGAUGUGGAGGAGGCCGUAGGAGGGCAACAACCCAGCAGCAGGACCGCUACCUCCGCCUUUGUGCAAGGAGGAGCAGGAGGAGCACUGCCAGAGCCCUGCAAAAUGACCUCCAGCAGGCCACAAAUGUGCAUGUGUCUGCUCAAAUGGUCAGAAACAGACUCCAUGAGGGUGGUAUGAGGGCCCGACGUCCACAGGUGGGGGUUUUGCUUACAGCCCAACACCGUGCAGGACGUUUGGCAUUUGCCAGAGAACACCAAGAUUGGCAAAUUCGCCACUGGCGCCCUGUGCUCUUCACAGAUGAAAGCAGGUUCACACUGAGCACAUGUGACAGACGUGAGAGUCUGGAGACGCCGUGGAGAACGUUCUGCUGCCUGCAACAUCCUCCAGCAUGACCGGUUUGGCGGUGGGUCAGCCAUGGUGUGGGGUGGCAUUUCUUUGGGGGGCCGCACAGCCCUCCAUGUGCUCGCCAGAGGUAGCCUGACUGCCAUUAGGUACCGAGAUGAGAUCCUCAGACCCCUUGUGAGACCAUAUGCUGGUGCGGUUGGCCCUGGGUUCCUCCUAAUGCAAGACAAUGCUAGACCUCAUGUGGCUGGAGUGUCAGCAGUUCCUGCAAGAGGAAGGCAUUGAUGCUAUGGACUGGCCCGCCCGUUCCCCAGACCUGAAUCCAAUUGAGCACAUCUGGGACAUCAUGUCUCGCUCCAUCCACCAACGCCACGUUGCACCACAGACUGUCCAGGAGUUGGCGGAUGCUUUAGUCCAGGUCUGGGAGGAGAUCCCUCAGGAGACCAUCCGCCAUCUCAUCAGGAGCAUGCCCAGGCGUUGUAGGGAGGUCAUACAGGCAUGUGGAGGCCACACACACUACUGAGCCUCAUUUUGACUUGUUUUAAGGACAUUACAUCAAAGUUGGAUCAGCCUGUAGUGUGGUUUUCCACUUUAAUUUUGAGGGUGACUCCAAAUCCAGACCUCCAUGGGUUGAUAAAUUUGAUUUCCAUUGAUAAUUUUUGUGUGAUUUUGUUGUCAGCACAUUCAACUAUGUAAAGAAAAAAGUAUUUAAUAAGAUUAUUUUUAUUCAUUCAGAUCUAGGAUGUGGUGUUUAAGUGUUCCAUUUAUUUUUUUGAGCAGUUGAUUGAUCUGUAAGUGCUCACAGCAAUUUUUUAAAAAUAACAUUACGCUAGAAAUCAGAUAGUCCCCCUACUUUAACACACUGGCUAAAUGAGAUAUCUAGCUACAUCUCUUUGGACAAUAUUUUCUAUAAAUUCAAAGGCAGACCACAUCAUUUACAAAACAUCUGGCAUUCCCACAUCCAAUUCAUGGCAAUAUGAGCUAAUAAAUACUGAGUGACAUGUUUAUUAUUAUAAUUUUUUUUGUUGUUUUUGUUGAUGGUUUAGUUUUUUGUUUGUCUGAUUUGUAUGCGUUGCUGUACCUUUUUUGGUACUGUAUAUGCAAGUGUGUAUGCAACACAUGGGGAGGGGGGGAAUGAAAAAUGUGUAUUAUUUAAUUAAUUGUAUUAUGUAUUGUGAUGAAAUUGUACUUACACAUGCUAAUAUAUAUUCACUACCAGUCGAAAGUUUGGACACACCUACUCAUUCAAGGGUUUUUCUUUAUUUUUGAUAUCUUUUACAUUGUAAAAUAAUAGUGAAGACAUCAAAACUAUGAAAUAACACAUAUGGAAUCAUGUAGUAACCAAAAAAGUGUUAAACAAAUCAAAAUAUAUGUUAUAUUUGAGAUUCUUCAAAGUAGCCACCCUUUGCCUUGAUGACACCUUUGCACACUCUUGGAAUUCUCUCAACCAGCUUCAUGAGGUAGUCACCUGGAAUGCUUUUCAAUUAACAGGUGUGCCUUGUUAACUUAAUUUGUGGAAUUUCUUUCCUUCUUAAUGCGUUUGUGCCAAUCAGUUGUGUUGUGACAAGGUAGGGGUGGUAUACAGAAAAUAGCCCUAUUUGGUAAAAGUCCAUAUUAUGGCAAGAACAGCUCAAAUAAGCAAAGAGAAACGACAGUCCAUCAUUACUUUAAGACCUGAAGGUCAGUCAAUACGGAAAAUUUCAAGAACUUUGAAAGUUUCUUCAAGUGCAGUCAAAAAAAACAUCAAGCGCUAUGAUGAAAUUGGCUCUCAUGAGGACCGCCACCCAGAGUUACCUCUGCUGCAGAGGACAAGUUCAUUAGAGUUAACUGCACCUGAGAUUGCAGUCCAAAUACAUGCUUCACAGACUUCAAGUAAAAGACACAUCUCAACAUCAACUGUUCAGAGGAGACUGCAUGAAUCAGGCCUUCAUGGUCGAAUUGCUGCAAAGAAACCACUACUAAAGGACACCAAUAAGAAGAAGAGACUUGCUUGGGCCAAGAAACACGAGCAAUGGAGAUUAGACCGGUAGAAAUCUGUUCUUUGGUCUGAUGAGUCCAAAUUUGAGAUUUUUGGUUCUAACUGCCGUGUCUUUGUGAGACGCAGAGUAGGUGAAUGGAUUAUCUCCACAUGUGUGGUUCCCACCGUGAAGCACGGAGGUGUGAUGGUGUGGGGGUGCUUUGCUGAUGACACUGUCUGUGAUUUAUUUAGAAUUCAAGGCACACUUAACCAGCAUAGCUACCACAGCAUUCUGCAGCGAUACGCCAUCCCAUCUGGUUUGCGCUUAGUGGGACUAUCAUUUGUUUUUCAACAGGACAAUGACCCAAAACACACCUCCAGGCUGUGUAAGGCCUAUUUGCCAAGAGUGUGCAAAGCUGUCAUCAAGGCAAAGGGUGGCUAUUUGAAAAAUCUCCAAUAUAAAUUAUAUUUUGAUUUGUUUAACACUUUUUUGGUUACUACAUGAUUCCUUAGAUGUUAUUUCAUAGUUUUGAUGGCUUCACUAUUAUAUUACAAUGUAAAAAUAGUAAAAAUAAAUAAAUAUAUAUAUAUAUAUAUGUGUACACCAUGGAAAAAAAUAACUAGUGACUCUACUUGAUCAAGUCUGGUUUACUAUGCCUCUUCAUCACUUCAUUCACAUGCAAAGCUGUGUCCUGAAGAGUGAUGAGGAGCUGAGAGAGUUGGAUGGAGAGGCAGAACUCUGGAGAAUCUCUCUGGCUUAAAUUAAUGCAAUAGUCAGCUGCUGCUCCUCUAACUCUAACUCAAUGCAUUCCACACCAAUGGGUUCCAGUGUCCCACAGCAGGGCCAUCGCAUCAAUAAGGGAACUGAGAAAAUUGGUGAAACAUUUAGCCAGAUUAGCACAAUUGUAUUCUCUAAGAGUGUAAGCAACAGUAUUGUGACAGUAUUAUGAGUUCCUUAUGCAACCAACAUUGGAGUGCUACUUGUGGAGAAUGCUUUGGGUUGACUCUGAUUAAGGUUCAAUUAGAUUGUUUAUGUUUGUCUGUGUUUGUGUUUCCCAGAGCCUCCAUCUUAUGCACAACUUUAACACACUAAUGGCUGUGGUGGGGGGCCUGUGCCACAGCUCCAUCUCCAGACUUAAAGAGACCAGUUCGCAUGUGUCCCACGAGGUCACCAAGGUACAUUAUCUAUAACAUUAUCAUAACAUGAUCUAUUGAUCAGUAUGUUGACAAACAGUAUGUCUAAAAUAUGGAUAUGGAUACUGUACAAGGUAAUAAUCUACAAUAUAUUUUCCACUAUCUCUUCUCUCCACAGGUGCUGAAUGAGAUGACAGACCUCCUGUCCUCCUGUAGGAACUAUGACAACUACCGUCAGACAUACAGCAGGUGUGCAGGCUUUAAGAUCCCCAUCCUGGGGGUCCACCUCAAGGACCUGAUCUCAGUCAACGAGGCCAUGUCGGACUACGUAGAGGACAACAAGGUGAAUGUUCAGAAGCUCCAGGCUCUGUAUAACCACAUCAACGAGCUGAUCCAGCUACAGCAGAUUACCCCACAGCUCGACGCCAACAAAGACCUGGUCCACCUUCUCACGGUUAGUACACACCUGAGUACACAAUAAUUCACACUACUGUGUCUGUUGGUAAAUGACCCUGGUCUCUGACCCUGUUGUCCUCUACUGAUCAGCUGUCCCUAGACCUCUACUACACAGAUGAUGAGAUAUAUGAGCUCUCUUACACCAGGGAAGCCAAGAACAGCAAAGCACCCGUGAGUAAAAAGGGGACAUGAAAAACACUGUGGAAAUGAAUCUGUUCGCAUAAUGAUUGAAAUAGAAAUACCCCUAGCCAUAGCAAGUUCACUGUGUUAUGGCUAGGGGUAUAUUCAAUUUCAAACAUGUUUAAUAAUACUAACAAAAACCCAGUUAGCUCCAGUGAAUCAUGUCUGAUGCUGCAGAUCUCAUUAACAAACCUAUUGAAAGAGAAUGAGGACUGGAGCUCUUUUUUAAUUGGCCCAUUUAACAUCAGCACGGCCUAUUCUAAAUUACAUCUGCUGACAAUGUUCUGAUCAUCUGUUUUGUUUUACAUCAGCCAGCCACCCCCUCUAGACCUCCAGUGGUUGUGGAGUGGGCAUCAGGAGUGGCCCCAAAACCUGACCCCAAAACCAUCAGCAAACAUGUGCAAAGAAUGGUGGAUGUGAGUUGUCCGUGUUCCAUCCCUAUGUAUUGUCAUAAGCAUUGUAUUCUGUUUCAUAAAAGCAGUAAUCAUUUUUUAAAUAUUGUUAUGUCAUGACUUAUGUUAUUUAUAUUAUUGUAUACUACAUACAUUAUUUAUCUGGAAGUUGUAGUUUUAAUUCCACCAGAUCAAACUGAACAGAACUCAUUCCAGUUCAUCUAUUAUGCUUCAUGUAUCUCAUUACGAUGUCUUGUGUCUCUUGUCCUCAACAGUCCGUGUUUAAAAAUUAUGACCAUGAUGAGAAUGGCUUCAUCUCUCAAGGAGACUUUGAGAAAAUCGCUGCUAGCUUUCCAUUCUCCUUCUGCGUCAUGGACAAAGAGAAGUAAGUGUAUGGUUCCGUUUAGGCUGCAUGGGCUCUCGUUUGGCACAUUUGACAGUUCACACUAACUGCAUUGGUUUAUUUUUGACUGCAGAGAAAGGAAACUAAAGUGUAAUAUGGGCCUGUAGCUACAGGAAACAGAAAUAGCAACAUAACUAUCAGAUAGCUAGCUAGUCUCAGCCAUGUCUCCUCAUAGUCAACUCUCACUGUGGUCAACUGAGGUUAAAUCACAAACUUCUUAACCAGUUAUCUAGUGGAGUGAAACUGUUGAAGUGAAAUUAUGAAACCAAAACCUGCUAGUUUUGGUGCCUCUUGUUUCAAUGUGACAUAUAGAAGUCUGAAAUGGUGCCCAAUGUCCAUACAGUACAUUGCAAACAUAACAUUUCUUAUGAGACAGUGUGUUUACAUGAGAUAUGCUUUGUGUUUACAUGAGAUAUGCUUUGUGUUUACAUGAGAUAUGCUUUGUGUUGUCCUGCUCCAGGGAAGGCCUCAUCAGCAGAGAGGAGAUCACAGCCUAUUUCAUGCGUGCUAGUGUCAUCUGCUCCAAGCUGGGUCUUGGCUUUGUCCACAACUUUCAGGAGACCACCUACAUGAAGCCCACCUUCUGUGACAACUGCUCCGGAUUCGUAAGUCACAACAGUACAUUACAGCACUAUGUCCUGAUCUGUCCUUAGCUUAGCUGUAGGUCUCAUUAGUCUGGCCAGGAGUUUUUCCUGAACUUGUGGCCUGAUCAGGAACAACUCUGGGCCUUAGUUAUAGCGUACUCAUCAACAAUAGCAAUGCUGUUACGGCUUUAAAUGACUAUUUAAACAUGCACAUUCCUCAUUCUUAAAUAUGCAUUGUAAUAUGCAUGUGUUAUCUCUAAACAACCUUAUCAAAUUCCUCUUCUCCAUAACAGUUGUGGGGCGUCAUAAAACAAGGCUACAGAUGCAGAGGUGAUUAUUUAUUUUUAUUGUCGCUGGGUCUAGACUGGAAUAUUCCAUAAUGUUUGCAUAAAUGUCAUUCUGCAUGUAGCUUACAGUUCAGUACUUUGUAUUGUUGAUAGAAUACAAUGUUAGCAGAGGUUGUUGAUAAUGGAGAGACUGCGAGGAGCAGGUAAUGUGUAGCUAUCUUGAAAAGAAGGUGCAUUGUGUGGUUUCUAUCAUGCAGACUGCUAGCUGAACCCUGCAGCACAUGAAAGACUGUAGACUCUGCAGUCGCAACCACAAAACAGCUUUUUACUCUCUUCCCCUUGAAAUAGUCAUGGCAACAUGCACGCAAAGGUCUGAGAACUGUUCUGUUCCACAGGCUGAGCUGCACCAUUAGGCUACUGAGGGGAAUGGAAGUUACAUUAUCUAGUAGGGUACUUUUGACAACAAAACAAAAACAUGCAAUCUCUGUGCAACCCAACAUGACCAUACAAUAAUCCAUUUUAAACAACCUCCUUUCCACUUCUGCCUGCUCUAACAUGUUGUCUGCAUUCUCUUGGCCUGCUCACAGACUGUGGGAUGAACUGCCAUAGGCUGUGUAAGGAUCAGGUGGCGUUUGAGUGUAAGAAGAAUGCCAAAGGCAGCAGCACCUCUGAAGGUCCACUAACACCAGGCUCCACACCUGGCACUACAGGUGAGCCGGAAGGUGAGGAGGGACACACACAUACAUACAUACAUACAUACAUACAUACAUACAUACACACAUAGUAAAUAUGCGUGGACCGUGAUCUCACUCUCCGAGGGUGUUUCAGGUUGAGUUGGGAUAUGCAAAAAACACAUUUCCAAUUCACACCGAAUUAAUGUGUGAAAUAGCACAAAUAUAAGCAACAUAUAUUUUUUAUCACACAUACACACGUACAUACACGCAUCCUCAAUAAACUAUUUACCAAAAUAGUGAUAACCACAUGUAGUGUAGCAGUAACCAACCAGAGUUGUGACUUGUGGUUGUGCUAGAAAUCUAGUGCUAGAAAUCUAAGGCAGCAGAAGGUUGCCAUCUGCUGGUCUAAAAGUAAUAUAUCACUCUACUUGUGCUUACUACAGGUAUGCAAAGUAAAACCUGUCUUGGAUAGUCCUAAACUGUACCAUUCCAUGUGGUAACCAUUAUUGACAGGAGUCACAUAUAUUGCAAAUACACAGGAAAUAUAAAGUCCCAAAUCAUUAUUUGAAAGGUAUGUCUUUGCAGGUGAGAGCACAGGUUUAAUCUAGUUUAUGGAAAAGUAGCACAGCAUCCUGGGUUGUUUCCCUAUGUAGGUGGACUGUCAUACUGCUCUCUAAAGUCAAGGACCUGCCUCACUUUCUGUAACAAUGGAUGUGCUUUCUGUGGUCAGACAAACACUCAGUUGACUUUUUCUUAACCUUAUGAGAUUCAGACUGUUCGCAAACAUAUCACUUCAAAACCAGAGAACUGAUUGAAAUGGGUUGAACAGAUCAGAGUUGACUGACUAUCUUUAUGGUGUUGUUUGUGCUAGGCUCAGAAGAGGGGCCUUUCCCAUACCCCUCAGAGGAAUGUAGGGACUGGAGCCCUGACUCUCCGGCCCCCUCCCAUCUGAGGCUCCCCCCUGGGCUGACCAUGUCUGUGGGGGUCCACUGCAGCACCCAGACAGAGGGUCCCCCCGCCCCUGCCCCCCCUCCAGAGCCCAGUCGGCUACAGCCAGUACAGCCCUCUCUCCUGGCCCCUGUACCCUCCUCUCUCUUGGCCCCCGUACCCCCCUCCCUCACCCCAUGCCCCAGUCCGGUGCCCCAACGCAAACAACGGGCCUACGCCAAGUGGGAGAAUAGAACCUCUACAGUGCUAAAGCCCAGGGAGCCAGACGAAGACAUCAAACCCAACUAUGAUGCUCUGGAAACUGUGAGAUUCAGACACAACUACCUCUGGGUUACUGAUAUGUGUUCAAUUGUGUACAUUGUAUGUACUACAUUCUAAUUUCUAGAGUUUUGAACGCUAGGUUAACCAUUCCAAAACAUAAACAACAAUGGUGAAUGAUGUUGUUCUCAGGAGAACCAGAAGCUUCAGAAGAACAACGAGAUGCUGCGUAAGAAGCUGAGGGAGACGCAGCGCGAGGUAGAGAUACUGCAGACACUCCUGAAGAGGCACGCCCUGCACCCUGUGGUGGAGGACUCCUCCUCCUCCUCCUAG